AUGUUCUGCUCGAGCUGUGGAUGUGCGUUGGAAGAAGGGGACAAUUUUUGCUCCAAGUGUGGUGCAGGUAAGUGUAUACAAGCCUUUCAUACCGUAAUUUACAGACUUAAGCAGCUACACCUAUACAGCGGUGAUUCCCUCGUCUGUUGCAGGGCUCGACGUUGCGACCCGUGGGGUCGCCAAUGCGCCCAGCUUUUACUCAGUGGCGACCAAAUUUUCACCCCUGGUCGCCAACCUGGCCCCCAAGAUAGGUGACUAUCUUCUUUGGGAAAACGUACACUAACGAUAAUCCGUUAUCCUUCACACAACUAAAUCCAUUAAUUCUUAAAUAUAAUUUUUGGCAACCAGAAUACUUGUUCUGGCGACAAAAAAUGAAAACUUGGGGGCCAGCUGGCCCCAAGAUUUUUUUCUGAAAGUCGAGCACUGUGUUGACUCACUUUGGAUAGGGGAUAGUCGUGGAAUGAAAUAUAAAUGAAAUGUAUCCUUAUGUUUAAAAGCGCAACCAUGCAGAUGCGAUUUUUAUAAUAGAGGAUUGCACAAGUCACAAUUUUGAUACACAUUAGUGGUCAUUUCAAUGGGGGCAUAGACUGUUCACAGUCCUCUAUUUUCCUGUAAGAUCGUCGCGAUUGCGAUUGUUUAUACGAGUAGCCGCCAUCUUGUUUUUUAGGCGAACGCGUCCUCUAAACACUUAGGGGACGGGCGUCAGGAAGGGUGGGGGUGGGGGUGGGAGACGGCCGCUCGUAACAUUCGCGACAAUCUUACGGGAAAAUAGAGGACUGUGAACAGUGUAAUGCAAAAACCAAUAAAUCACAAGCUUUUAAGAGCUUUGUCCUAUCCUAUCAAUGGGCUAUUGCAUUAUCUUUGUUUGUAACUAUGUGUUUAUUGCAUAAAAUUAUUCUAGGUCGGUGCAGCACUGCCACAACUCCAGGAAAUUCAGGUACAAUUGCACUGAACAUUUUUAUAGUAAUUAUUGCUAUUGUAAUUGAUUGAUUUGCUGAUUUGAAUUCCUGUUAGAUGCAGUAGACUUAGAUGUAUAUGAUUGAUCAAAUUAUAAAAUAAUAUAUUGUACAGUUCCAGAAAAAUCCAUAACCACCCCAUUGAAGGUCUCGGAUAUUCCUAGGGGGAGGGGGGUUUUAAGCCCCAAAAUUUUAGAAGAAAAGUAUGAUGCUAAAGUGGAAUUUCCUGGGGGGGGAGGGGGUGCAAAACAAAAACCUUCCGUGGGGGGAGUAUGGUUAUUUUCUGGAAAUGCACAUUCUAUUGUAAUGAAGGAAUACUGGAACUUUUAUAGUGAUCUUUUAGACUUAAUAUUUUCUUAAUAAUUAUUUUUCCAUUAGCUCAUUCUUCCCAAGAGCAAUCUAAUGAACUGCGUGCAACGGGUAAGUUAUUUAUAUUGUGUAUAAUUAGCCAUAAUUUUUUCAUAAUACCGAUUGUAAUAACCAGCCAUGGGUAAUGUUAAAAACACACUACCAGUACCGGUAAUUUGUUUACACUGAAAUACAAUUAACACAACUCAUGAUCCCUUGUUAUGCACAAAUUAUUAUCAGUCACACAAUCAGUCACACCAUAUAUACAAUGCUCUAAAUGACCAAUGACCAAUGAGCAAUGGUGAGUGGUAAACCUAACAAAAUGCUGAAUUAUGGUGAUGCUUCUUGUCACUUCAUGCUACACAACAGUUGCCAAGUGCUACUGUAUGAAUCAUCAGAUGCUGUAACCAGGAUAAAAUUGUCACAAGUCUGAAUUUUAGAGGACCAGAGAUUUUAUGUUAUAACUUUGUGAAUAUUAUUACUCUCUUUGUCACUAUAUCACAUUNGGGGGUGCAAAACAAAAACCUUCCGUGGGGGGAGUAUGGUUAUUUUCUGGAAAUGCACAUUCUAUUGUAAUGAAGGAAUACUGGAACUUUUAUAGUGAUCUUUUAGACUUAAUAUUUUCUUAAUAAUUAUUUUUCCAUUAGCUCAUUCUUCCCAAGAGCAAUCUAAUGAACUGCGUGCAACGGGUAAGUUAUUUAUAUUGUGUAUAAUUAGCCAUAAUUUUUUCAUAAUACCGAUUGUAAUAACCAGCCAUGGGUAAUGUUAAAAACACACUACCAGUACCGGUAAUUUGUUUACACUGAAAUACAAUUAACACAACUCAUGAUCCCUUGUUAUGCACAAAUUAUUAUCAGUCACACAAUCAGUCACACCAUAUAUACAAUGCUCUAAAUGACCAAUGACCAAUGAGCAAUGGUGAGUGGUAAACCUAACAAAAUGCUGAAUUAUGGUGAUGCUUCUUGUCACUUCAUGCUACACAACAGUUGCCAAGUGCUACUGUAUGAAUCAUCAGAUGCUGUAACCAGGAUAAAAUUGUCACAAGUCUGAAUUUUAGAGGACCAGAGAUUUUAUGUUAUAACUUUGUGAAUAUUAUUACUCUCUUUGUCACUAUAUCACAUUUGCUACCUCCAAUUAAUCACUUAGGGAGUAAUGAGUAUUGUCAUCUUUACUCUUAGGCCAUUCAUCCACAUCAUGCGCUUCAACUUCUCACGCUUCAACUUGUCACGUGAAAUCUUUCAAUAUGUUCAAAAAACUGAAAGGCCAACAGUGGAAAUCCAUUGUAAGCAAAAAGGCUGGAAGUGCAAGUGACAAAGAGAUAGAAGUGCAGAUCAACAUUGGGCUCAUGGUAUGGAGUGACAAGAACGUGUGUAUCAAACCAAAGAGAGGCAAGCGUCUUGCUUUGAGAGUGUCCAACAAAGCCACCUACAAAGUCAUCCUGCAGAAAGCUGUGGAAAAGUGGAGAGCCUUUAACAGCGACCUCUAUGAUGAGAACGAAGACUACAUUCUUCUACUUGAAAAUGGUGAAGAAGCCCAGUUUCUUCCAGGUUCAUCUGCCAGUAAAGAGUUUUUUUCCCUCAAACGAUACAAAGAAGAAACUGGAAAGGACUACAACAAAAUUGUGUUGUACCUAUGCAAGCUUAGUGACUUUCACUUUGACCUAAAUAGUGAAUCAGAUAGAGAUACUGAUGAGCUGGUUGAGGAGCCAGAGAAGAAGCGACUGAAAAGCUUGACAACUGAUGAAGAGCCUGAUGCAUCUGCUGUGUUUGCUAGUGAUGAGAAAAUUGCAAUUGAGUUACAAAGGGAGUUUGACAAUGAGUUAUCCAUUGACAUGAUUGACGCUGUCGAGAACAUGGAGGAUGGGAAAGAUGACAACAUGUCAAUGGGUACUAUCCAUCAAGAUAUUUCAAGUGUAAUUAAGUCCCUGUCUCAAAAGGUUGACCAAGAUGGUCAGUUUUUUAUUGUUUCUAGAAGAGGGUCCCCAUUUCCUAGAGUUUUGUCCCUGUGGCAAAGAGAAGCCAACAGAUCGUCUCCUGAAAAAGUGCUAAGAGUGCGCUAUAGUGGAGAGAAUGGUGUAGACAGCGGUGCAUUAUCGCAAGAAUUUCUGGCACAGUUGAUUAAUGAUAUGGGGCUGGCAGUGUUUCCAGAUGGAGCCCCCAUAAAUUCACUGUACAAUGUUCAUAACAAAAGUUUCAAAACCUGUGGGGAAAUCAUUGCAGUGUCUUUGGCUCAAGGAGGACCAGCGCCAUCUUUCUUGGAUGAGAGUGUGUACCAGUUGAUGUUGGACCCUGAUGUGAACAUUGGCAACCUAGAUGUUGACAGGCAUUUCACUGCAAAGGACAAAGAGCUAUUCGACGCAGUAAGAGCUUGUGACACAUUUGAAGGUGCUUUGUGUGAUGUAAUUGUUGACCAUGGAUACACUGGCAUCAUUGAUCAUGACCACAAAGAGGAUGUCAUUGGAACAAUGCAACUAAGCAUUAUGACCAAGCGUUUGCUGUACAUGAAAGAAUUUUGUGAAGGUCUGAAGCUGUAUGGUGCAUAUGAUGUCAUUAGGGGCAAUGCUUCUUUAUGCAAGCCUCUUUUUGUGAAAGGUUCAAAUCAGGUGGUAGAUGCCAAUUAUGUCUUUUCGCUUGUCAAUCCAAGCUACUCGGAACAGGGCUCGUCAAAACGACCACUUGAAGAGGCAGUCAUUGACAACCUACAAGAUUUUCUGAUGUCAUUGGAAGAUGAACAAAUAACUGGCUAUUCCGAGCCAGUAGCAUGGAAGGACUUCAAUGACACGAACACUGAAAGUAGCGAAGUGGAGCGAUUUCAGUCCAUGGACACCACACCAUCUGGUGUAUUGGGGUGGCUGACAGGCCAAAAGCACCGCCCCUUAAAUGGAGAGCCGCUGAAUGUCACUGCCCUCUUCGACCAUGAUUGCUUCACAAGAAAUCCUAAUCACACAAUCUGCUUUCCCCGUGUGGCAGCCUGCAGCAAGGAAAUCACAUUUCCAGUCUCCCACAUGAAAACCCCAGAACAGUUUAAACAUGUCUUACUACUUGCCAUGUGCAAAGGAAAUGCAUUUGGAAAUGCAUAG